CUGAGCGGCAAGAAAGGCAGAAGAAGCACACUAGUAGGAUGCAAGUGACUGGGACGCUUCCUGGAGAAAGCGAAAAGAGUUGGCUCAACAGCAGGCAGGAUCAUCGUCGCCACGCCACCACACCUCACUUACAUCUACUACAUGGAUCAUCGAUCUGCCCUUUUUCCUCUUUCUGCCGCCGGCUUUUCCACUGCUUUCUUCUCCUCUUACCGAUGGCCGCUUCCACCUCCGAUCCACGCUUCCUCUUCUUCAGCUAUAAUAUAACAAGCGCCUGCUCCUCCUCGAGUGGUGCAGUAGACAGUAGUAGUGGCUACCGGUGUCAGUAGAGGGCAGAGCAAGCAACCAACCGUGGUGAGUGGUGACCAUGGCGCGCAACUGCAGAAUCAGCAGCUUGCCGCCGCCGCCGUCGAUGCUCUUCUUCUUCCUGCUCCUCAUGCUCUGUACCACCUCGCACUGCGAGGCGAGAGCUCUGAGGCAGAGCAAGAGGAACUCGCUGAUGAGCGUGCUCUUCAAGCUCAACUUCGCCAGGGCGGUGGAGCCGACGCAGCCGCCGCCCCCUCCCUCGUCGCUCGAUGCCAGCGCUGGCAGCGACGCCGCGAGCGCGAGUCUCGCCGCCGUCGAUGCCCCGUUCUGCGUCAACCCUCCUGACGCUCCCCCCUCGUCGUCGUCCACGCCCCCCUUCACCUCCACGGCGCCCUCCUCCACCACCCCGUCCGUGCCGGACCAGCUGCCGCCCAUCACCCCCGUCCCGCCCUCCUUCGAGCCCAGCCCGCCGGCCGACGGCGGUGGCGCCACCCCGGGCUCCAGUCCGGGGCUGGGCACGCCGGCGUCCACGCCCACGCCCAUCAACCCGCCGCAGUUCGCCCCGAGCCCGCCUGGGACGGCGCCGCCCAGCCCGAUCGUCGUUGUGCCGAGCCCGCCCGACGAAUUCGGCCCAGGCUCGGGCGGCGGAGGACAGGGAGGAGGCGUAGGAGGAGGGGGCGGAGGCGGCGGGUUCAUGCCGCCGAUCAUCUACCCGCCGCCGCUGGCCCCUCCGAUGGCGCCGGGGUCCGGGCAGGCGCUGUGGUGCGUGGCGAAGCCGACAGUGCCGGACCCGAUCCUCCAGGAGGCCAUGGACUACGCGUGCGGCUCCGGCGCCGAGUGCCGGUCCAUCCAGCCGUCCGGCGCCUGCUCCCAGCCGGACACCGUGCUGGCCCACGCCUCCUACGCCUUCAACAGCUACUGGCAGAUGACCCGGGCCAACGGCGGCACCUGCGACUUCGGCGGCACCGCCACCAUCGUCACCAGCGACCCAAGCUACGACAGUUGCGCGUUCAACCUUGUAUGAGGCUGCAGAUCGAUGAGCCAAUUUUCUGUUCCAUUUGUUUCGAGGCCACGCAGCACCGCAGGCUUAGUAAGGAGUAGCUGAGAUUAGUGUGAUUUUGAUUCUGGCAAGACUGCUGAUACCGUGUAAAGGCGAUUCCUUGACAUGUGCAUUAUACUAGUAGCUUCUUGGGCAGGAAGAUGCUUAAUCGUGCGUGCCCCUCUUGUAACUUUAAACCUUCUUGACCAAAUUAGUUUAGUUUAAGCCAAUGAUAUAUGCCUAACUUGGUGUUC